AUGUUAUCCGGGUACUUACGGUCCCUGUGUCGGUUCAGGAAGACAAGCGUGAGCGUUUUUCUGGUCGCGACCUAUGCCAUAAUUGGCGCAUUGUAUGUUUGGGACAAAACGAGGUUUCAAACCCUGAAGCUGCAAGAAAGCGAGCAACGUUUGCUCGACGAUGCUUGGCUAUCCCUACAGAAUAUCACCCAAAAUCCACACGAGUACGUCUCGAGGCAAAAUGAUGUUGUCCAUGAUUUCAUUCUCGACAGAGCCCAAACUUUGCUAGCGAACGUGUCAUACGCACAAAUCUCUGAUGACUAUGAAACAAAAAACCAGAUCCUCUUCAAACAACCGGAUGUCUUCAAUUCUUCUUCCAAAGAGACUCGAGUUAUCUAUUUUGAGUCCUCAAAUAUAAUGGUCAAAAUUGAUGGAUCUGAACCAGGUCUGGAAGGGUUGCUUUUGUCUGCGCAUUUUGAUUCUGUUCCCACGGGAUUCGGCGCCACUGAUGAUGGAAUGGGAGUUGUCACCCUCUUGGCCGCUCUAUCCAAAUUAACAGAGAAACAGCCUCGGCGUACUGUCAUUUUCAAUUUUAAUAAUAAUGAAGAGUUCGGGUUGUUGGGGGCCUCAGCUUUCCUAAAUCAUCCUUGGAGCAAAUUGGUACAUUACGUAUUGAAUUUAGAGGGGGCUGGAGCUGGCGGUAAGGCCGUUCUUUUCAGAACUUCUGACAGCAAUACUGCAUCUAUCUACAAACAAGCUGUCCAGGAUCAACCCUUCGGGAACUCCAUCUAUCAACAAGGAUUCUAUGACAGAUAUAUUUCCAGCGAAACUGAUUACAAAGUUUACGAACAGGCAGGGCUAAGGGGGUGGGAUAUUGCUUUCUAUAAACCGAGAGCUUUUUAUCACACUGCGAGAGACUCUAUUUCCCACACCAGUAAAGCAUCCUUAUGGCACAUGAUGCAAGCUGCUUUGCAGAUAACAGAGUUGAUGACGUUCGAAAGUUUUGAAGAUGAUCCUAGCGAACGUGAACCUGCUAUAUACUUUGAUGUUCUUGGAAUGACCUUUGUCACAAUGAGUGCGAAGAAGCUUUUCACUAUAAAUUGUGCCCUAUUGGCCGUAAUCCCCAUAAUUGUUUUGGCAUUAGAACUGGUCGUUUCUAGAAAAAAAACUCGCGCGGAGAAAUCAGUAUCGCUUUGGUUGAGACUGCCAUUUAGUCUCAUGGCUUCUUACCUGACAAUUGCUACAGGAAGGUCGCUCCUUUUCAAAUUUAACCCUUUAAUAUUUUCCAGAGACUAUUUCAGUCCCACCAUCGGAUUUUCCUCAUGCUUUGUCACAGUCAACUAUAUCAUACUCUCAUUUUUUGAGUAUUGGGCACCUACUCAGGAUUUCAAAACCGUUGCUCUAAUUGAAAUGUCCUUUGGGUUGUGGCUAUGUCUCUUGCUUGCUACAAUACGCCUCUACUCAACCAAAUACCAAGCUACGGGACUCUACAUCUUUUCGAUUGUUUAUUCUUUAAGCUCCCUCAGCGGCAUAGUGGGGCUACUUUGUGCGGCCCUCAAGCGCGAAUCCAAAGAAAGUGGCUAUACUAUUGAGCCAGACCAAAUCCAGGAUGAGAGCCAAUCUAAUACCGAUUCGACCGUGAGAGCUCCUCAGACAGAGGAGCCCGAUGAGAGGGCGCCUCUCUUGGUGAAUUCGCGCUCUUCUCAAAGUAGCUCCGCGACCCACUCAGACAAAUCCAUCAAAAAAAGUGUAAACGUCGUUUUUAAAAAAACGAUGAACUACGACUGGAGUAUUCAAUUUCUCACUUUAGUCCCCCUGGCCUCUUUUUUUACGUUUAUGUGCCUUUCACAAGUUUUAGAUGCAGUCUACCAAACUUGCCAAGAUGGGUUCCAAGCAUCAUGGAAUGUGUCGAUGAUUUCCAUGCUAGGUGGAAUGCUCUUUGCCUUUCCUCUCCUGCCAUUUUCAUACAAGCUGAAUUACUUUGUUUCCAUGCUGGUGUUGUUUAUCGCCGCCUGCUCGGGCAUUACAUCAUUUAUUAAAACUCCCUUUUCCGAUCUUUCGCCGCUAAAAUUGAGAUUCUCACAAGAGAUUGACUUGAAAGCGGAACAUCAGUUAUCCAUGGUGAACGUUUUUGGUAGACAAGGCGCUGGUAUCGACCAAAUCCUUAAAGAUAUUCCAACCGUUGAGGAAUCCAACGGUAAAGUAAGCUGUCAAUCUAAUGGCCAUGGCUCCGAAACGUGCAGCUACGCAGGCCUAACUCCUAAUUUGAUAAGUUCCAAUAGAAAAUUGACGUUUUCGGAUGUCAUGUCUAUUGACAUCCUUUCAAAUAAUAGGGACUCUUCGGAAAGGUCGCCAUAUGAACCAAUCAAUGCUGAGAUCAGAAUCAAUGUACUUGAAAAUCGUAUGUGUUCGAUUACCUUCAACUCUUCUCAGUAUGCAGACUACACAUUGGGCCAAUCGCCAGUAAAGCAAGUGACAGUGUUUGGAUCAUCACAUUAUGACAAUAGGACUAAAACACAAUUUUCAACAGUUGACGGAAUGUUGCAAGACGGCAAAGAUAAUCGUAUAUUCAAGUGGAGCAAAGGAAUAAACAGUCUUCAACUACACAAACUCAAUUUUGAAAGAGGUUUCUAUCAUAUUGGUAUACAAUGGAUCCCCAGAAUACUAAGCCAGAAUAAUGGCGAAGAAGUGGAUGAGACGGAUGCAUUAGGAUUGCAUGUACGCUGCUUUUGGGGCGACUACAAUUCGGUAUCGGUUGUGGGUGGCGAACCGAAACGCAAAGUUCCAGCCUUUGACGAAUUGUUGUCUUACUCACCAACGUCCGUUUCUUAUGCAAAUAAAGAGGCAGCCAUGGUAAUCCUUAACGAUUAUAUUGAGCUCUGA